AUGUCAGAAGUCAUCUCUGUGAAAUGCUUUGAUUCUUCCUUUAGCGACUCUUUCAACAACAUUUCUUCAUUUCCCGAUAUUGUCUUCACUCUAGAAGGAUCUCAAAACAAAUCAUCUUCCUCCUCUCCGCACAUCAUCUAUGCUCAUCGAGUCAUUCUCUACAAACAUCGAUUUUUCAAAAAUCUUUUCGAUGUCCACGAAUCCAUUUCCCAACAACAUCAUCACUCACCUUCGAAUAGGUUCGAUCAUGAAAAAUCCAAUCGAAAUGUCCUAUCCGAUCCAUUACAAGUUCCCAUUCAAGAGCCUUUUAAAAUAUUUUCAACACUGAUUGAAUAUUUUUACAGUGGAAUUGUAAAGUGUGAAUUGAACGAUUUGAGUGAAUUGAUCAUGAUGGCCUAUCGAUUUAAAAUUAUUAAUUUAAUUAGUUUGUUAAAAAAGCAAUUAAUGGGAGAUGUGACACAUUCGAUUCUUGAUUCUUCUUCGACGUUUGAUAAAAAUUUAAUUCUUCAAUUACCAGAAGGAACUAAAAUGACACUCGAAAAUGCUCUUUCAUUAUUUAAUGAAAUUACUGGAUCGUACUCGUCUCUCGAACAUUCCAUAUUUAAAUCAGAAAUGCAUCUCGCAAAAAGAGUUAUUUUAAAAAGUGUUUGUUUUGGAUUAUUAUUUCAGAAUCAACAAUUAGAACGAUUAUUGAAAUUUUCAGUCCAAUCCUUGCAAAGUUUAUUGGAAUUAUUGAUUCAACAUUUGCAAGUGGUAAAGGAAAUUCAAAACAUGUUGCUGACCAUGCAAAUGACCAAUUCCAUCUUCACCACUAGGGAAUUAAUCAAAUUUGUAUUGAAAUGGUUAUGUCACAUGAAACAAGAGAGACUCUUUUCCAUUUCACAAUUAUAUCCUGCAUUGAGAACUUUUGAAGAAGAGAUGGGUGCAGAAUAUUCUCCUAAAAUUGGAGGUGGAACCGAAGUUCAAGAAUUCAUCAAAUCCAUUGAAAUGAUGCAACUGAGUGCGAACAAAAAAGGAACGUUCAACACACUCCAUUCGAGUGGCAAUUCUUCUUUGACAUCAGAUCAUGACAGUAGUAGUAAUGAAACGAAUCAUGGCAGCACGGAAGGUUCUGAUCUUCAACAACAAUUAUUGCUUCGAAAACGAGGUGUUUCCACUCUCUCGAAAAUUGGUUCCUUCUCAUUUCAUCAGGCACAACACCAACACCAUCAACCUCCUCAUGAACCUCCUGCUGAUAGGGCCACAGCAACACCACCCUCGAAGGAAGAAUUGACAAGAGACACUUUUGGUGAUUCAGGUCGAGACAAGACACUCAAGAGAACCACAACAUUUACUUCACCCAGACAACUUCAACUCAACUAG